AGAAAAGUCAGAAAUUUCAAAUAUUCAUUUACUUUAGAGCAAAAAGAAAAAGAAAAAGAAAAAUGAAAAUGGUUGCUUUAAGCUUUUGUAGUAGUAGAUUAUAAGAGGGUCCCGUGACCCGUCCCACCCCCGAUUCCCCUCUUCCAUAUUUGCGUUGGUUGUAUAGGAAUAGGACCCAAAGAGAAGCGUUUCGAAGCCUCCCAUUUUGUAGAAGAAGAGCCUUCUUUCUGAACCCUCUUGUUUUUUGUUUGUUGGGUUGAAGAAGAAGGCUCUCCUGUUUUCGGCGAAUUCGCCCAAUAUGAUUAGACUCUGGAUUGAUGCCUUGCAAUUGACGGAAUUAUUUCUCAGCUCUUUGGUUCAUUUGGUGUAUGCGUUUUACAUUUUUAGCUCAGCCCUCGCAGGGGAUCUCUCUCAAGCCAUAAACCAAUGGCUUUUCUCCCCUUCCGCUAAACUUCAGGUCCAUCGGGAUUCUUCCGCACCAACAACACCCGAUGUCCACACUCUCCCUCCAAUUGUAUUGGUCCAUGGAAUUUUUGGUUUUGGCCAAGGAAGAUUGGGAGGUUUGUCUUACUUUGCGGGUGCGGAGAAGAAAGACGAUAGGGUGCUUGUGCCUGAUCUAGGAUCCUUAACCAGCAUUUAUGACAGGGCUCGCGAAUUGUUCUAUUAUCUGAAAGGCGGACGAGUUGAUUAUGGGGAAGAACACAGCAAGACCUAUGGCCACUCCCAAUUUGGGCGAGUUUAUGAACGAGGACAUUAUCCUCAAUGGGAUGAAGAUCAUCCUAUUCACUUUGUGGGGCAUUCUGCCGGAGCUCAGGUCGUUCGGGUACUCCAACAAAUGCUCGCUGAUAAGGCAUUCAAGGGGUAUGAGAAUACCACGGACAAUUGGAUAAUAAGCAUCACGUCCUUAUCAGGAGUAUUCAAUGGGACUACUAGGGCCUACUUGGAUGGGAUGCAGCCAGAAGAUGGGAGAUCAAUGAAGACUAUAUCCCUGCUACAGUUGUGCCGCCUGGGUGUUAUAGUAUAUGAUUGGAUUAACAUUCCCUGGUUGAAAGAAUAUUAUAGCUUUGGGUUUGAUCACUUCAACAUGUCGUGGAAGAAAAUGGGUAUUUGGGGUCUUCUUGAUUCUCUCAUGGGAAAUUCGGGUCCAUUUGCCACUGGAGAUUGGAUCCUUCCUGAUCUUACCAUACAGGGCUCCAUCCGUCUAAACAGCCACUUACAGACCUUUCCUAAUACCUACUAUUUUAACUAUGUAACCAAGUGUACUAGGAAGAUUUUGGGGGUCACUGUUCCAUCAAGCAUAUUUAGAAUCCAUCCCUUGUUUUUUAUUAGAGUUCUGCAGAUGAGUCAAUGGCGCCAUCCUUCAGAUGUCAUUCCACCUUACAAAGGCUACAGAGAUGAAGAUUGGCAGGACAAUGAUGGUGCACUCAACACCAUAUCCAUGACUCACCCACGUUUUCCAGUUGAGCAUCCAAAUCGUCAUGUAGUAAAUGAUUCAGAUUGCAAACCCCUAGAACCUGGUAUCUGGUAUUACAAGGUAAUCGAAGGUGAUCACAUACUGUUCAUAGUGAAUCGGGAGAGAGCAGGAGUUCAAUUUGAUCUCAUAUAUGAUGGCAUUUUCGAACGUUGUAGAAAACAUGUGUUUAGGAAGAACCCCCCAACCUUGCCAAACCAACCUCACCCAUAGGCGCUGUUAUUGUUCCUCACAAUAGCACUCUACAACUAGGGAAUUGAAACAAAAGUAAUUGCCACUGCUAUGGCAUACAACCUUUAGUUACCCCAUUCUUUCCCCCCCUUUCAUGUAAAUAAAAAGACAAAUUCUCUUUGUUUUCUGGAUUCUCUUCCCUGUUCAUCAAAUUGUAGUACCAACCGGCGUAUCUUAAGAGGGUAGACCGCUCAAAAGACUAUUCAAAGAAAAAUUUGCUUUCCCGCUGCAAUGUACUGAAAGCAGCGAAUGAACAAAACGAACUAACAGAGAAUGAUAAAUUAAAUCAGAGUGUAUAUUUAUAAGGCGAAUGGUAUAUGAAAAGGGGGUGGACCUUAAUGAGUAAA